UAAGUAGAAGUCACCUGAUAAGGAGGCCAAAUAAGCAGGUAUAAGGGGUUAAUAUUCCUCCAGAAAAUCAAAAAUAAUGGGGUUAGAAAGGAGGAGGUUGCAGCAUAGACUGUCAAAUAUAUAUUUCUGGGAGAAGCAAUCAUGACAUUUCUAUAUUAAAAUGUCUAAACUACUUCAGAUGAGGAGAACUCAACUCAUGUCAUGUGGUGGCAAAUAAAUAGGUGAAUCAAAUAUGACCUCCAGCCGCUGAUCAACAGAUAAACAACUCACAUUUUGUUUUAUUUAUUUUUUUUACUCAUCAGUUUAAAGUACAUAUCACCAUACACGCGUCAAAAUGUAGUCUGGCACUCUUUAAUUUCCUCUCAUAUGGUUGAGUAUCAGCCGAUAAACUCGUUAAAAUUAUGCAAAUAAAAAGGUGUGCAAACAACGGCUAGUUUUCCUCCUCUACGUCCCGGCUUUUAUAACAAAACCCUGGUGACAAUAUCUAUUUUAAUAUCUCUCCACGUCAAUCGACUCCUCAGUACCGGAGUCAGCUGAACUGGUUUCUCCAGCGGACUCUGUGUCCUCGUAGGGGCGCAGACUGCAGGCACUUACAUAACGCUUCGUCUCUCCGUUACGCAGCGCCAUAACGCGGAUCCAGCAGCUAUUUUUUUGAAAGAUUUCGUUGACUUCAUCAUUUGUUAAUUGUAUCACGGCGUGCGCACAUUGAAAGCACAGCGUGCGCUUAACGAAUUGGGCAGGUUAUUGGAGCUUAGCAGGCCCGCGGUGGGCUUUACGCACCGUCACGACUACAGCGCGGCUUAUUGGUGUUUAGGGUUUGGUUAGAAAAUGCUUCUCAAAGUGUGAUCCGGGGACCUCCAGGGGUGCUUGAAUGGGCUCCGGGGGGUCCCGCGGCAAAUAAAGCAAUAUGUGUUUUCACUAUAAAUUAAUUCACAUGCAGGGUUCCCAAUUUAAUAUGUAAAUGAGCGUUAAAUAUAGGUUCCACUCCCGCGGCUGAUUUGUUUUCACACAUAUGCAGCUGAAUCUAUAUUAAAUCAACAAUAACAAGUCCCACAUUUUAGGUUUUUUUGGGGGGGGAUCAAGUAAGAUUUGUUUGAGUUUCUGUGGUCAGAUGCGGUGUUUUUGUGAUGUGAAGACGUGUUCGAGUCCCUGAGCGGAGAGGCGAAACGAAAUCCCCCAAAUAUGCGCGUAUUCCGUAUAAAAAAUGGACAGAGAAAAUGUGUUUGAUGCCCCCGCUGUGCCUCUCUGGUACCGUCAGCUCGAGGAGGUGGCGCGGUCUCAUAGCGCCCCCUGCUGGGCGUGAGAAAUUCUCUUAAAGGGGAUGUCUAGAAAACCGGAAGAGGUUUUUAAGGUGGAUCUGCGGAGUUGCAUGCACGACGAGGACGCUUUUUUCACCAAAGGGCUCACAGGGCAAACUGGACUCGGACGAAAGACUUUCACCGGUUCCGUUGCGUUUUGUUGGCAUUUUUCAGCCCAACAGCUCCGAAGUGCUCUGCAAAAAAAUAUGCGUCGAAAGAGGGAGUUCGUGCUGGAGCUUUAAAUCCUACCUUUCUUAUAACCAAGUUGAAAAAAUACUACUGCUGGUGAGAUCAUUUCUCCCUCGUUUCCAGUUUAAAACGACGUUUUUGAAGAAUGUCCUUGAAUUGUGCAAAAACUGAACCAAGCAGAGAGAUAACACACUGAUCCACAAAGCUGGAACUCAGCUGUAGGAGGUGCCACCCCGCUGUCCUUUCACCUGUCAGAAAAAAAAUGACCAAUAAGAGAUAGUUUUCAUACUGCAGCUUAUUCUGUGUUGCACUUUCUAUUAAUAUAAGAUCUCAUUCAGGUCAGCUUGUAGAUGAUUCUGUACAAGACUGGUCCUUUAAAAAACUAAAGACAAAGACCAUAGUCCAGUUGGCAUAUUAAACCAGAGAUGUGCUCACUUUUGGAUGCCCUUGAAGACUCCAGAUGUUGUUGUUUUUUAAAGUUGAUGUAAGAAUAGAGAUCUGGUUCCUCAGGUGGUCCAAACCGGCGUCCAACGGGCUUGCUGGACAAUAACGGAAUCUAACCAACAAUGAGAUUUGCUUCGUGGCUCCACGUAGACUCACACACACAAGGUUGUGAAGAAAUAAUUCAUCUCCCUGUGGUGGCGGUUGUAGGCCUAUGUGGCGCAUGUGGGCGCGUUGCCAGGUCACUGUAGGCCAGCUCGGUUUAUCUCAAUGAAGAAGCGUUUAUAGACUAACAGAAUGAUUUAAUGGGCAGAUCUUCAGAUUAAACCUGUGCAUUAGGCAGAAUAACAGCACACAGCUUUCUUUUUUUUUCUUUCUUUCUUUUUACCUCCACUGCAGUUGUUCUGUUUCAUGUGCUUACAAUUUUCUUUGCCUCAUUAAUUUUGCAGUGUUUGCAACAAAAGAACCAGCAGCUCAAAUAGCAACACAGGCCUUUUUUAUUUUAUUUAUUUUUAACCAGUGGAAGCUGCUUUAUUUUGCGUGGAAAAGCCCCAAAUCUGCUAAUUGGUGUAUUCAGCUUUGCCUGAUUGACUGUUGACCUUUUGUAAUUGUGCUUUUCAGCAAAUGGAGAGCACAGCAAGCAACAUGGCAUUCAAACUGGAUAUUAACUUUAAAGGAAAAUACUCAUGUUUAAAGGGCAGAUGCGCGUUUAUUCUUAUACAAAAGUGCAUCUGUCAUUUUUUUUCCCUUAAACGCUGUGGCACAAAAUACAGCCAAACUGCGCGAGCAAAGAUCGCUUCACACUCACCAGCGUCACAGGAAACACACAACCCCACGGCCUUGAGUCAAAAGCUCUCACACACCCUCACUUGCAUUUAAUUUGGUUCCUUCAUUUGCACACAGUCCCACUGUGUCCCCUUCCUCCCACACACACCUUGUACUGUAUGCACAGAGCGUGAUGCGUCAAUGCACCUGCUUUUCUCCUCCGUCCCUCCCCUCUUCUUCUUCUCACUGUUGUCCCCGUCUGUCCGUCCAGCUGUCCUCCUGGGCUUUUUGCUCCAGUUGCGGCCUCAGACAUGUUCAGUGCUUUUGUCUACACGCUCAUUUCGCUGCACCCGCUUUUUCAUCGCCUGUCUGUGGCAGUUGCUCUACCAGGUCACGGGAUAUCACCGUGGUUCGUGGGGUGCGUCAACGCCAGCAGCAGGCUUUACGCAUCCAAAGGUGCCCGUGACCUUGACCCGGUAACCUGCUCUGCACGCUGCCUGGAUGAGGGGUACCAGGUUGCGGCGUUGACCUCAGAGGGCUGUUACUGUGGCAACCUGCAACAGGGUUUGGUUCCCAGUGAGUGUUUCAACACAUCGUCAGAUGGAGGCACAAAGGAUGUCAGAGCAGAAAGUAAAAGACAAAGUGUCCUCUCCUUGCCUGUUGGAGGUGGACAGGGAAGUGUGGCACUCUACAGAACUGAAGGACCCUUUCUGCACAGCAUUCGUCUGUCUACUUCUCCAAACAGAGUGCAUGCUGGGAGGACUUUUGUUGUAGAAGUUUCAGGAAACCUGGCUGGAAGCCCCGACCAGCCCACAGGGAUUCUGGGUCUGCGAGGGCAGGACCUCUCUUAUGUCACUGUUGAGUUUCAGGAAACGACCCCUAAAGGUCAAAGUUCACAUCAUGUCAGCGUAUUGGAUGAUGGCUCCUUUGUUGUGUCAUUUGAUUGGAUUUUGGAAACCCCAGGAAUAUAUGAACUCAACGUCAGUGUCUCCAACCCCCUCUCCACACUCUCCUCCACACUCCUGCUCUCCGUCUUGCAGUCCUCUCCACACAGUCUGGUGAUCUCUGUGCUUCACGGCCCCCUGGGCCUCCCCUCCUGCACCCCUUUCCCACCGACAGACUCCAGCAGUGUGACAGUCGAGUCAGCAUACCUGGGCGACCCUGUCACUCUGCGGGCAGACAUGGGUGAUAGUAGUCUGCCAGUACAGUUUUCUUGGUGGUUUACUCAAGAGGAGAAAGAGAAAAACAUGGAGGUUGUAAAGACAGCUUGUCUCCCCAGCUCUGAAUGUCUGAACAGCACUGUGAACUGGACCUUUGAAACCGAAGGAGUUCACAUCGUCUCAGUGAACGCCUCCAGUGCCUAUGGAUGGACACAGGAGACAAUACGUAUUGUGGUUGUGCGUCUUGCCAUCUCUGACCUCAGACUGAGUGUAUCAGAGAGUCAGCUGACCUCCGGAGAGAACGUUUCUGUGGACGUGGAGCUGUUCACCACCAUGAAACACCUACUUGUCCUCAACCUCACACUGAAUGCCGAGUAUGGCAGCACUGACACGAAGGAUCAUUUAAGCAACAGUGACUUUAGUAAUGACAAUAGAAACAUUAGUGGUAACAUUAAAAAUGCUGAAAAUCAUUCAAGCAGAAUGGCUCAGCAGAAAAACAUUAACCGUGGCAACAACCGCUCCAGCUGCCAUCUGCACCUCCACCUUCACUGCCGCCUCCCCACCACCGCUGGACAGUAUCACCUCAGAGCAUCUGUUCUCUCCACUUCUGAUCUUUGGUCAGUGCUGCUCUCCGCCGACCUGCCUCAAGCCUUGAUGGUGUACGAGCGUAUCCAUGCCCUGGGGCCUUCUGGGAACUGGAAAUCAGUAGUUGCAACGAAUGCAGAAUUCAACCUGGAGGUUCUCAGCCCUGCCAGCCGAAUGGGGUCGAGAGUGAUUUGGACUUUUAGUUUGGACGAUGCUAUUGUGACAAGCAGGACAACUGAAGAGUGGAAUGUCAGUGUGUCUCUUACAAUAGCAGGCUGUUAUAAAGUGACAGUUAAGGCCUUUAACCCAAUAAGCUGGGCCUCAUUCUGCUCACACAUCCUCGUUCAAGACCCAGUUGGAGAGCUGGUGCUGAAUGCUCCCAGCGUGUUCACAACAAACCGAAAACACUCUGUUUUAUUUAGCGUCACAGCAGGCUCAAAUGUGACGGUGUCUCUGCUGGUGAAUGCAACACUGCUGUACAGAAAAAGCAACUGCACUGCAGGAGAAGAGGCAACAGUGGUUUUGCUUUUCGACCACUCAGGAACAGUUGCGGUUGAGCUUCGAGCUGAGAACCGAGUGUCUUCUCAGAAGAAAAGCAUGAGGGUACGUGUUGAGAGGAACAGGAAGCCAUCACCACAAGUUAAAGAUAAUCCAGUGUGGCAACCAACUACUAGUCUGGUUCACAGCCUCGCAGCUGACAAUGUGAGGAUUUAUGCAGCAAAGCAAGCUUAUCCCACUAAUACAGAUAUAACCUUCCUGGCUGUGGCUGAAGUACCGGACUCUGUGGAGUUCCUGUGGCACUUUGGAGACUCAAGAUCAGCCAGAACCCCCUCAAGGACCAUCAUCAAAAGAUACCAAAAACCCGGCAGGUAUGAUGUAGUUGUAGUCAUGUCAAGAGGCCAGACCUCCCUUACCUCUGAUGUGUUCCCGCUGGUAGUCCAGAGAGCAGUGAACCUCAACAGACUGCUCCACCAGGCUUCCGUCCUGCAGAACCAAACGGUGGCGGUGAGUUGCCGGGUAAAUCUGGGGACUGAUGCCACCUUCCUGUGGAGCUUUGGAGAUGGAUCAUCCAAGGUGGGCCAGAGCACAGAACAGCAUGUCUUCCACAGGACAGGAGAGUUCAGAGUGACAGUAACUGUGUCUAACCUGGUCAGCUCUGCCUCUUUAAGUAGUCACAUCUUUGUUGUGGACCGGCCUUGUCAGCCCCCACCAGUCAAAAACAUGGGACCUCUCAAACUACAGGUGCGAAGAUAUGAGGUUAUCCGCCUGGGGGUGACCUAUGAGACUGAAGUUGAAUGUGACAUUUCAGGAGGCCUUCGUUACAACUGGACCUUGUUUGACUCUACAGGACAGGUCUUCACUUUGCCCUUCACAGACACACACAGACAGAGCCUCAUACUGCCCAGCCAUCUCCUGCACUAUGACACCUACACCGCCAUAGCCAGGGUUCAGGUCGUUGGCAGUGUGGUGUACAGUAACUACAGUGUGAGAGUGCAGGUGACACCGAGCCCUCCUGUGGCCUUCAUCCAGGGCGGUACCAACAUCUUCAUUCACAACAGGAACACCACGGUGGUAACCCUGGACGGGCAGAGAUCUUAUGAUCCCGACUCCCCCAUAAUCCCAGUCAGCUUCCGAUGGACAUGUAAACCAGUCAGCUCCAUAUCCAGCUCAUGCUUCCACCAAGAUGUCCCCACUUCAUCUCCUGUGCUCAUAUUUCCUGCUAGUUUCCUAAAACACAACUUCGACCAGUUCCAGUUCACACUUACCAUCCACAGCGGUGAGCGUUCUGCCUCAUCAGAGACCUUCUUAACAUUAACAUCAAAUGUCAUCAGGAAGGUGUCAGUUUACUGCCCUCAGUGCCAGGGAGACCAGGUGAACUGGGAUCAGACUUUCUCUGUCAUCGCCUUGUGUGAAGGCUGUGAUAUUGCCCCAAAAUACAUCCAGUACACCUGGAGCCUGUAUUUGGUCAAUGCAUCCUCUAAACCUGCCAUAGAAGUCCCGUUUUGUUACACAGUGGAUCUCAGUGCUCCGUCCCCCAUCAUGGAGGAUCCUGCUACUUCCCCUGAGACUCUCACAACUUCCAACCUGCAUCCACCAGCUACAGAUUUUUCACAGUACACCCGUGCUGUCAAUACCUCUACUCCCAUCUCUCUGACCGAGAAUGCCUCUGAAACAAGAGCCAAAAAGCGAAAUGUGAACAUGACAGACAGCACAACAUUGUCGAAGAGUAAUAAAAAGAAGUCAACUAUGGCUGGUUUGACAAAACCCGAGCCCUCCUCUAUCUCUUCUCUAGUCCAAAUAAGAACUGCAGGAUCAGGAGAGGAGCCUUUAUAUCACCCUCUGGGGGAGUUUGACCCUCAACAGCCUUUGUACUCCACCACUGAAUACCAGCCACUUGCCCUUGACAACAGUGGCGUCCUAUAUUCAGACCACUUUGGCCAGAGUGAUGUUAUCAGUGAAUACCCAAUUGAUUCAGACUCAUCUGCUGACUGGGAGUUUUCCUUUCCUGUCCUGGAGAGCGGUGACUUGGGAGGUCGACUAGAUUCAGAUUUCGACGUUCCCUUGAUGAGCGUGGAGGAAGGAGACCCAGGAAUUUCAGCAGGAAGACCCACAGGUGUGGAUGGUGAGAGCUUCAGUCAAGGAGAUGAUUCAGUGUUUCAUCCAGCGUCACAUGAAGACGAGGGGAGUAAUCUGGUAGAUUCCAGGCCACCUGUUGGGACCCAGGAGCCAAUAUUGCUCGAUUUACCUCGAGACACAGUAGACAGAGGUCUUUUUGAGUCCUACUCUUACACAGGAAUUACCUCUUCUUUGCUCAACUUCAGACCCUUCAGUCUGAGGCCUGGGAGCAGAUACAUGUUGGAAGUCACAGCCAAAUCUCAGGAUAGUUUUCUGGGUCGGACUCAGUUAUUCUUAAAAACCAACCCUGCUCCAAAAGGCAUGACCUGCCAGGUGCAACCAACAAAAGGAAUGGAGUUACACACACACUUCAGCGUCUUCUGCACUUCAGGGAAAGAGGACUUGGUGUAUAAGUACAGCAUCAGUGUAGGAGACAGACCUCCCAGGAUGCUGUAUCAGGGGAGAGACUUCCAGUACUACUUCAGCCUUCCUUCUGGUGACCUCAAUGAUGACUAUAAAGUAACUAUUUACACAGAGAUCAGAAGCAACAUGUAUGGAGCGGCCACGAAACCCUGCCCGGUCACCGUCCGAGUCCAACCUAGCUUCUUCAGAGACACUUCUUCUUCCCGUCUUGAUCCUGAUCUGGAGCUUUCAGAGUGGGGUCUGAGGAACCUUUCGGCUCUGGUGCAACUUGGGAACAGUGUGGAGGUCCGUAACUACAUCAGUCUCCUCUCCGGCAUCCUGAACAGACUCAGCCUGGACACAGAGGCCAACACACACGCACAGAGACGCACACGCAAUGUGCUCAUUUGCACAGUGUGUGAGCUCGAGAGCAGAGAACAGGCAUCCAUGGUGGACAACAUCUGCAUUCUUACAGAACUUUUACAAGUUACAAGUCAGGUGACAUUAGCGAGUGCAAGACGAGUGGCACUUCACGUUCAGGCCAUCUCAAAGCAGUUCUUCGCGUCCAGUGCUCCACUCUGGCACCAUCUGGACCAGGAGACGCUCAACACCCUGGUCUCCCUGCUCUCAUACAGCCUACAAGCUUCCCUCACUAGUGAUGACUUUGCACCAGAAAUGUCCUACAAUGCUGACAUUAAAGAGGCAUUUAAUUCAGACUCACACAAGGAAAAUAUCAGAAAUGCCCCCUCUAAUGGCUGCAUACCAGACUCAUCCAGUGGCGUUCACAUCCAAAGAGGAAGAUUGAUUUUAACAAAGCAGGCGGUGCAGCUUGUAGCUGAUAUUCUGCAGGCUGCUUCAGACCUGAUGCUGAAGUAUAUCUUGUUGCACAAGGUCCAGGACCACAGAGUCAGCACCGCUCUUAUCGCCUUGUAUGCCACAUACCAAAACCAGACCUCCGCAGUCAUCAGCAGUGGCUCAACCACCUUCGUCAUGCCUGCCUCUCUGAUCCAGCUUCUGUUUGUUCAUCGCAGUGGAGAGACUGAGAGUAGACCGCAUCGACCGUGUGUGCUCGGCAUGCUGACUGAGCUCACCCACAGCCCUUACACCUGGGCCCACUCUCCUGGAAGGAUGAGUGGACCAGUGGUCGAGCUGAGUCUGUACGAGUGCAGCACGAGGAGAAAGAUCCCUGUUCGCUCCCUCGUUCAGCCAAUAAACAUCGAGCUGCAACCACCAUCAAGAAACAAGAGCUCUGUGCGUGAGUACGUCCUCCUGCGCAGCCAGGUCAACUACCACAGCUUCAACAUUACCCAGGAGCACUUGCAGCAGGCCAUCCAGCUGAGCGUGGUGUUCGCGCCCCUGCCCAACAAGGCGUUUCCCAUCAUGCUGCUCUUCAGGAUGUUUGAGAGGCCGACUCCCAGCAUGCACCACCUCCACAGGAUUCACCACUGGGAGAGCAAUACCACGCGAUUAACUCUGCCUUCGUCCUACCUCAGUGCUGCAGGGGUUGGUCACCUGGCUCUGCUGAAUGCUAAUUUUGGGAAAGCAGCCAGACACAAAGACCUGAGUGAACAAGUGAGCUACAGUCUCACAGUGGACAGCAGCUUGUGUUCAUCCUGGGACGGCCACCAGGGGGCCUGGACACACCACGGCUGCAGGACACGGCAAGCAGACACAACUACUGCAGUCAACUGCAGUUGUCACCAGUUGAGGCCUCUUACUGUGGUGCGGCAGCAGAUCCAGAGCAGCCAUGACACAACCGAUCUGGACCCAUUCCUAAGUGUGUCCAGUGAUCUGACAGUGCUGAGUGUGCUAGUGCUGUGUGUGUGCCUGUACAUCCCGGCGUUGGUGAUGUGUAAGAGAGCUGAUGUUGUCUCCGAGGCGAAUCGGAGAGUCCACUACCUUUCUGACAACCCCCCGAGUGACCCACAUCUCUACGCAGUUACAAUCCACACUGGUCCUUGCUCUGCAGCCUGUAUGAGUGCAAAGGUUUACAUGGUGCUGAUUGGUGAAGAUGGGAUCUCGCAGACAAGAGAACUACAAGUCCCAGGAUGCACCCUCUUCAGGAGGAACUCUCAAGACACGUUUAUAUUCAGUGCAGCAGACAUCCUGGGUCCAGUGUCGGGGGUCCACAUCUGGCAUGACAACUCUGGACCUUCCCCAAACUGGUACCUCAAACAAGUGGAGGUGUCUGAGGUGAACAGAGGGCAUGUAAAGGGACGUGCUUGGCUCUUUGUCGGUCAGUGCUGGUUGGCUGUGAACAAAGGUGAUGGCCGGGUGGAGAGAAUGCUGCAAGUCUGCACUCAGGGAAUAGGCUUUGCCAAGAUGUUGAUUCUCAAGCUAUCUGACUACUUGGCCGACCACCACGUCUGGAUAUCUGUGCACAGCUGCCCCUGCCCUAACUCGUUCACACACACUCAAAGACUUGGCGUGAGCCUGCUGCUACUGUUGGGCUAUGCAUGUGUCAACACAGUGAUCAUAUCACAGAUGGAUGAACAGUUGCAGGUCGAGUUGGGCAUUAUUGAUGUAUCAGCUGUUUCCGUGACGACCGGAGUCCUAAGUGUGAUGGCAGUGUUGCCUGCGGCAGCAAUGAUAUCCUUCCUGUUCCGACUGCAUGAGGUCGAGUUGACGGGGUCAGGAGUCCAACAAGGGAAGGGCAGAAGGACUGAAAAGGACAUUUUUGAAGAUGCCCUUUCAGUGAGUGACAGUGUGUUUGAGCCUUAUCUGUCUUGGAGUGGUCUCUCACAGUGGGCGCAAGAAGCCUGGAGGAAGAAAUACCAGGCCACAGACCUGCUGCCAGGGUCCACUACGAUUCUGGAAAAUAAAAACAAAGAUAAAGAACCUGUAAUCCAAACAGAUGUGGUCAUAAGAAAGGAGGCAGUUGAGAACAAUAUGGGGCUAGCGCUUCAGGAUUUGUUACUGAUUACUGAGGGGUACAAUGUUGAUCCAGCACCUCAGGGAAAAGAUUCUGAGCUUUUAAGUGAAAGCAGCAGGUUUCACAGAACCCAGAAAGCUCUUUUGUCUGAUCUGACGGAUGGAGGUCAAGCUAUCCAGAAGGGGGAAGAUCCUCAAGGGACAAGGAAGGAAGGCAGUGAUCACCAGGCAGCAUGGCCUGAUCACAACAGUUGUUACCACAUCACUGACAGGCUGAAAGCGCGAAGAUUCAGACCAGUAUCUCAGUGGUGUCACUAUUUGGCCUGGACAGUGUGUCUGCUGUUGUCCCUCUCCUGCCUGAUGCUCUCUGCAGUGCUGGGAACGAGGUUCAGCAGCAGCAAGAUUCUGCUGUGGAUACACUCUCUUUUUGUCUCCCUCAUGUCAUGCAUCUUCCUCAUCCAGCCAGUUGUGAUAAUUACAGUGGCAGUGGCUGUCUCCUUUUGGUACAGGAAAAGAGCAGACUUUCAUACUUUUUCCAGUAUAAGAGAGUUUGAGAUAGAGACUUCAAAACCAUGGAGCCAUGGUGCUAAUGCUGAGCUUGAAAAGCUGCUUGGAGCUCGUCAGCGAGCUCGGUACCUUCGUCUUGUGCGCCCGCCGACCCCAGCAGAGCUGAGGAAAGUUCGCAGGAAGAAAAGAAGAGAGACUCUUAUCCAUAACACCCUCAGGGAUUUGUCCGUAUGUGGCUCCAUGCUUUUCCUGAUGCUGUGUAUAAAUUAUGGCAGCUCGUUCAGUGACCAUUACCACCUCAAUAAAGCUAUCAGAAAACAGUUUAUAAGGGGCCAUGAUAAUGCAUUUAUGUCCAUACAAAAGCAUGAAGACUGGUGGAGGUGGGCACAGACCAGUCUCCUUAAUAUACUGUACAAGAAUGCAUCAGCCGCAGCUGCGUCAUACAUCUUGAUUGGAGAGCCACUCUUGUGGGAGACAGAGGUGUCCAGUUCAUUUCACAGCCAGGUCUCUACUGUGACGCUUGUACCAGAAUGUCUUCGGUUGUUCUUGUCCAGGAACAGAACAUCUUAUCAUCUACACUCAAAUGUCUUACUUGAAACACCUCCAAGGACAUGUGGUCACCUGGGCUGCUACUUAGAACCAAGUGCUAUAGUUGGAUUAGGCCACACAAAGUCUGACGCUGCAUCCAGACUGAAGCUCCUGCAUUCAGGUGGCUGGCUGGGCAGACAGACGGUGGCCGUGAAGGUCCAGUUCACCUUGUACAGCCCUGCGCCCAACUUAUUCACCGACGUGACAAUGCUCGCUGAGCAGAGCCCCACCGGUGUCCUGCUGACCUCUGCCAAAGUCCAGUCAGUUAGGGUUUAUCACACUCCUGCUGUGUGGGACUAUGUUGUUAUGGUCUGCCAGCUCCUCUUCCUUCUCUUGUCUUUGAUGCAACUCUGUGGUCAAGUAAACACUGUAGGGCAGCAAGGGCUGGUGGGAUACUGGAGGACACCCUCCAACUGGCUGGAGGUCAGUUUGCUGACAGUAACCCUAGUGUACUACAAUUAUUACAUCUAUCGCUCCAUUAUUAUCUUGGAGGUUGUGGAGCUGCUGCAGAGACACAAUCACAGAGGACCUGUUGAUGUCAGCCUCCUGGCUACCUGGGAACAAUAUAUUCGUACGCUGCAUGGUGUUGCGCUCUUCCUCCUCACCAUGAAGUGUGCGACUCUGUUGAGGGUGAACCGCUCUGCUACACUCCUCACCCGCUCACUCUCCAGCCUUCUCUGGCCAACGAUUUCAGGUCUUAUCCUGAUGGUGGCGCUGUCCUGUGUGGGGAAUCUCCUGUUCGUACAAAGCUCCUUAGCCUUCAGCUCAUUUUCCCGCACCUUUCAGACUCUGCUGCACUGCUGGGGUCCCAGAGCCGUUAAGGGCCUCCUCCUCUCAGAGCAUGAUCUCCUUUACCGUGGCAUUCUCUAUCUGUCAUCCUCUGUGGUGUGGACAGCAGUGGCGAUAGGUGUUGUGUCCUCAUUGGUCAGAGGUGCCAAAAGAUCUCAAAGCAGGGGGAAUGUUUUCACUGUAGCUGAAUUAGCUGGCUACAUCAGACAGAGGGUCUCUGACUUUACUGGGCAGCGGAGACAAGCAUGGAUCGAAAAUCAUGUGGAAGGAAAGACUUACUACUUUGAGGAGUUUGAAGGUUUGGUGGAUGAACUAUUGUUCAGACUAAACGCCCUCUCAAACAGUCUGCACCACACUCUGCCCCCCAAAGCCCAUCGCUACAGGGAGGAGAACAGUCCUGUCAUCUCACCCAUACAGGAGCCGUCCAACAGGGAUGCACAGGACUUAAUAAGAACAAAAAUGACAGAAGAGACGAUGAUAAAAGAUUGCACAGAUGUCAGUGGGCACGGAGAAACCCUACCUGCAUCUCACCUGCUCCGGUCAACGCUUGAACUAGAGAUACUGCAGUUCCUGCAGCAGAACGACCAACAAGGAGAAAAUCCCACCCCAGACAUUGUUGUGGCAUCAGAUAAUUCACAACAUGGAACAAGAGUCAAAGAAAACCCUAUAAACAGAAAGUUCCAGACUUAUUUAAAGGCACAAAACUACCUGCCCCUCUCAGACUCAGCAUCACUCAUCAGGGUUUGGACAGAAGAUGUUCUGGAGAAGCAGGCUGACCAAUGCAUUCAAACAAAUGACAGCAGCUGGUUAAGUAAAACUCAGGCCACCCACACAGAGGUGGUGGUGGAAGUUCUGGUCCAUGAGGAGCCUGCGAGUGUAGAGCCAGAUAAACAGUAGAGUCCAGUAGAUGUUUCAAAGGUCUACAUUUAUUAAACUGUUAGUUAUACUGUAUAGGAAUAAUACUGUAUUCCAUCUGCUUGGAUAUUACCUGGAUCACAUAAACAUUUAAAAUAAGGCUUCUAAUAAUGGUGGGUACUUUAUAAGUAACUAUCAUUACAAAAAAACAUUAUAACUAGUUUUUUGUGACUUUGUAACUGAUUAAUGGAUUAAUAAAAAUACAUUUUCAGUCUGAAGGUUGUGUGUACAAAGUUAUUUCUACCCUUUUAUAAUAAGCAAUCAGUUCUUCAGUUUGACAUAUUAGUAAUGUAUUUUAAUUUAGAUUGUCUGCAGUUGUCUGUCCUUAUUCCCUAAGAGCUGACUACUGUGUUAUCUGUUUUGUAAAGCAGUAUUUGUUUGCAAACAAUAAAAGUGCCUUCUAUAAGAAUCCAGUGUGAACAGUUGUUCUGGGAUAUACACCCU